GAUUAUGAUUUGAAUAUGUUAAACACGUUACAUAUUAUCAUACGCCCCGACGUAUAAGAUCAACCAAAGGCCAAAAGACUGGUAAUAAAAGACUCCACGCUGACGCUCCCUCCUUCCCUUUCCUCUAUCUAACGGUAAAGGAAACAAUCUGUGGUUCGAAAAGCCAGAAUAGAAUAUGAGUACAAGUACGGCCACGUCCGGUACAUGUUUGAUCAUAUGCUCCAAUGGAAAAUCAUCUCUCGAAACCAAAACCUCCACGAUGAUUACGUUGAAAUCGUCGUCGUUUCCUUCCCGUUUAACCGCCGUUUCUAUAAAGGCGAGGACGAGAGUUGUUUCCUGCCGAGCUGUCUCCACCGCUUCCGUCGACAAGGACGAGAAAGACGCGUCGAUUUCGGGAUCGGAGGAAGACCCAGAGGCGGCUAAAGUUGGGGCAAAGGUUAGGGUAAAAGUGCCUCUCAAAGUUUACCACGUGCCUCGCGUCCCUGAGGUGGAUCUGAACGGCAUGGAAGGAGUGAUUAAACAAUUCGUGGGGGUGUGGAAAGGGAAAAGGAUUUCAGCUAAUCUACCUUACAAGGUGGAGUUCGUCACUGAGAUUGAAGACCGAGGACCUGUCAAGUUCUUAGCCCAUCUUAAAGAGGAUGAAUUGGAAUUCCUUGAUUAAAAUCCUGAUUCUUAUCUGUAUGCCAGGCAAAAUACUUUCUAUCUUAUAACUAAAAAAACCCCAAUAAAUGCUCACUGUUGUAUGUAAUUUUCACCUUUCAGUUCUACCUGGGAAUGGGCAUUUCUUUGCUUUUUUGUUUAUUAAGUGUAGCAUUGAAGUUUCCAUAUCCAUAGGUUAACUUCAAAAGAUACUACUUUUAAAGCCUGCUAACAAGUUAACUGCUUAUUCGUGUA